GUGUCAGACGAUGAUUGGUGUGUUAGUUCUUCUGCUGUGUUUGUGCUGUUCAACUGGUGUGUUUGGUGAUGAAGUGAAGUCAGUGUCAGUGAUGGAGGGACAUUCUGUUACUCUACACACUGAUACUCAACUACACACACAUGAUGUGGUCCAGUGGAUGUUUGGUGUUCAGACUCCAGAUGAGAUUAUAGCUGAAAUCAACAGAGAAGACAAUAUAACAUCAUUUAUCAUUGAGAGAUUGAAGAAUCAUGUAGAGAUAGAUGAUCAGACUGGAUCUCUCAUCAUCACAAACAUCACAACUCAACACACUGGACGCUAUCAUGUAGAGAUCAUUGGAAAUACUGUUCAAAACAAGCACUUCAAUGUUACUGUCUAUGCUGGUCUGUCUGUUCCUGUCAUCUCCAGAGUCUCUUCUCAAUGUUCUUCAUCAUCUUCAUCAUCAUGUUGUUGUGUGUUGUGUUCAGUGAUGAAUGUGUCACAUGAUGUGAGUGUCUCCUGGUACAAAGGAAAGAGUUUAUUGUCCAUCAUCAGUGUGUCUGAUCUCAACAUCAGACUCUCUCUACCUCUGGAGGUGGAAUAUCAGGAUACAAACACAUACAGAUGUGUGGUCAACAAUCCCAUCACAAACCUCACACAACAUCUACACAUCACUCAACUCUGUGAGACAUCUUCAGUUGGUGUCGUCUAUUGUGGUUUUACUGAAGCUGUGAUCCGAUUGGUCCUCUCUGCUGUAGUGGGCGUGGCUACUGUCGCUGUUCUCAUCUAUGACAUCAGAUGCGGUCUCCCAUCCAAGUACUGACCAGGCCAGACCGUGCUUGGCCAGAGCGGGUGUACUCAGGAUGGUGUGGCCGUAACCGGAAACUGAGCAUGUCGAAAGAAAACUGGAGAGGAUGGAGGAUCAUCUACACCUGUGGGGUGGAGAGAUUUUGAGUGAAAACCAAGAACCCAAAGUCACAGAAGGAGACAACAGGCCGAUCUAAGUCCAGGAGACAGAAAUUGACAGACUUGUGAGAGAAAGGAGGAGCCUGAGGAAACAGUGGAAGAAGACCACAGAAGAGGAAAGGAAGGGCCUAGAGGGACUACAACGCCAUAUUAAAAGAGGCCUCGCUGUGAAGAGCUUGAGAAAACAACAUAAGAAGAAGGAGCGAAUCAGGACCGCUUCCUACAAAGAUCCUGACAAGUUGAUCAGUAGCAUCUUCAUAGAGGAGAAAACUGGGACCAUUAAAGUAUCUAUAACAGAUCUUGAGGAACACCUACAGAAAAUGUAUUUCAACCAUCAGAGGCAUGAGCCCAUCUCCAUUCCAAGAGGACAUGACACCAUCUCAGCUACCAGAACACCAGAUGGACACAAGGCCCUCUAGAUGGAGCCAAGUUGAGUGUAAAACAGGUUUUUUACAUUAAUUGUUUUAAUGUUGCUGCUCAUUUUUUUGUGUUUGAAAGCUCGAGCGUCAAAGUAUUGAUUCUUCUAUACCUGAUCUUCUGAUCCUAAAUGACGUAAUAAUAAACAACAAUCAAUGAUCACAAAAAUCAGCCAAGAUUCAUUAUUAACUGAAAAUGAGUAAAUAAACCUCAAGUCACAUUUGAACAGAAUAAACAUGCGUGUGGUUUUUAUCAUGUAGAAUAAAUGUGUCAGAGGUCACAGAUGAGUGAGUCAAAGUGAAAGUGUUGUGG